AUGGAAGUAGGAGAAUUACCAGGAGGUAACUUAAUAAAGAUUUUAGCGUGUCUGAGCAUUAUAAACUAUAAUGUGUUUUCAGCAAAUCCAUUUAUCAACAUAAAACUGAACUAAGAUCUUGGUGAAAACAAUGUGGUCUCAAGUAUACUUGGACGAGGAUAUGUCGGAUAUGAUAUUUUACUUAUGAUGCAGGGUUGGAUCGUUGCGUAAUCUAUCCAUUACGGAGCUAAAAAGAGCUCUAUACAAGAGGCAACUAUCAAAUUGUGGAUUAAUAAGUACUUCUAAAUAGCACCUAUUGUAUACCUAUACUCAAUUUUCACCUACUUAUUUUUUGAGGCUCUGGAUUUUUCUGACUUCAUUACGAAUUUGCUAUUCAUUGGAAAUUGCACCAAUAAUUAGCUGCUAACUACUCUGUGGUUUACUUAAAUUCUCUUUCAGCUAAUUCUAGUGUCAUCAUUUUGGAUUUAAUUUUGUGAUGGGCUAGAGUUUGAUUAUUAAAUGCUUUCUAAUGCUAUUUUGAUAUUUGCAAUGAUAAGUAUUCAAAGCCCAACCGGAGAAAGAUAUUUAAUAUUUGACAGAGGUAGUAGUUACUUCAUUGGUAUAGCUUUCUUUUAUGUAACUUAAAGAUAUAAAAGAAACCCUGAUGUGGGUAGUAUUUUACUUAAAACUUUUGUAGCCUGCAGCAUAAUUUUUACUUUUUUCUCGUUAUAUUUAAUUCCAACUGUGAGUGGAUUAAACAUAUUCAUUGCUACUGUUGUUUUUGGAAUAUUUAUUAUAGCAUGCUUUCACAAAAAUUAAGACUCUUACAGGGCAAACAUACUUAAUCAAGAUUUCAUCUAGUGGGUUGGUAAAAUAUCUAUAUCAAUGGUUAUUACUAACGGAAUAAUAUUUAAUGAUUUAAAAGUCGCAGAGAUAUACGAUACCUAUUUUAAGUAUAGCCUUAGUGAUUACCCCAGAAACUAUCUCUGGUUUGCUAUUGAAAUAUCAAUCGCCCUAUUAAUAACAAUAAUAAUUUCAUAUCUAGGUGAAAAAUUUAUAAUAAAACAUUCUUAGAACUAUGCAAGUAGCCUUAUCAGCUAAGUUCCGAGAGGCCUCACAUUGAGUUUCAUUAAAAUAGUAUCUGGCAUCUUACUUUUUAUUCUAAUAAUAGGAGCUGUGAUAUUUAAUACCUUACCCUAAUUAAAGCAUAACUAAUUCACUCCAAUAAAACUAAGACUUAGUUAAGAUUUUCUUGCAGGAUAGCUUUCUCAGCACAACUAUGAUCUUCUAUAGUAUUUCUAGGACAUCCCUAUUGAGGAUUAAAAGUAAGAAUAGUAUCAAAUCAAAGGAGUCAAUUUUUAUCUAACUUCACGCAAAUUAAGAGAAGGAAAGAUAUUUACUUUGAAGUAUGAUCAAAGCAAGAGAGAUUUCAUAAUUGAGGCUUAGGAUGUAGAGUUGUUUGGAGAUGGAUUAAUAUAAGCAGGUGUAUCAUCUUCAGAGUUCAAGUUUCAUAGCAUCUUCAAAAAGAUUCAAUUUCAGUUUGGAAUGCGAUAAGCAAGCAAGUUAAAGGGACCUAUUUUUGAAGCAACCGCCUAAUAAUUCUAAAUGGAUCUGCUUAAUUUGACGCUAGAAAAGGAUAUGGCUGAUUCAGACUAAAAAAUCAUAAUUAUGAGUAAGCUUGCAGCUACUCUUAGAUCGUAGAUCCUUUUGAAAAUCGAGUAAUAGAAUAUAGGCCAUUAGAUAUUGCUUUAAUCGUAACAAGGAGAGUAAGCGAGUAUUGAAUAAUAGCCGUUUAACCUUAUCAAGCACUUGACUUAGAUGAGUGAAGGUGUGUUCUUUUAUGAGGAUCUUAUUCAAUUUAAUCUCAGAUAUAGUACUAUUUAUGGCUAUCAUCCAGUGAGCAAUAGUAAUUUGUAGGAUUUGCUGUUUUAACCGAUAGGCAAUAGGAGACCAUUAGUGCAGUUGAAAUUUGAUGCAGAGUAUUUUAAUGAACUAUUAGCCUAUUUGAGGGAUCACAAAGGCUGGUUAAACUUAGAUGAAGAUAAUAUUAGCAUUAUAGAAGAAUAGUUGAACAUAACUUUCCCUAAGACCAUUGGAAAUUUAAGCAAAGUGUUGCCUAACUUUGAACUGGAUUAUGAUGAUAACCAGAAAAUAAACUGGAUCUAUUCAUUUAAUCCGAUUAAAGAUUCCUUCCUUCAAUAAUAGAGCGACUAUGGAAUCCAAUUUACAGCUGAGGGAGAUUUGAACUUCAAAUAUAAGGCUGUACUUGCUGCUCAUUUUUAUGAUUCUAAUGGAAACUACAGAGAAGUGAGAAGAUUUUAUCCUGAAAUAAGUUUAGAGCUUAAUUUUUAGCUCGACCCUUAUACCUAUAAACUAAAUGUGAAUAUGAAAAAACUUCAGUUUAAUUCUAUGAAAUCCUUUAAAAAAUCAGUCGAGAGAAGUGAGGAUGAAUUCUACAUAUCGAAUGAAGCUAAUCUUGCCCUAGUAAAGUUAAAGAAUAUGAUAAAUGAGAUCAACCCUAAGUUGAAAGAGAUGAGCUAAGUACCAUUUUGGUUGAAGUGUCUUGGAAUAAAUGAGCCAGAAAUAGCUAUUAGAUUCGAAGAUAGAUAUGCUUAGAUAGAUAUUAUAGGAUCAAUGGACACUAAAAGCAGCAAACUUAAGGAUAGCUCUAAAUGUUUGCGAUUUCAAAAAGAUUUAAUGCAAAAUUCGUUGAGUGCUAUUUUUACUAUUGCUUUUGAAAACUAGUCAAAUUUGAAAUCAGAAACUGGUUACUAGCCUAUAGAUUUUGAUAAAGCUAUGAUUUCAGCAAUUAAUGACGAAUACUCUGAACAAAAUGAUGUAGAUUUGGAUUGA